AUGAGUGUGGCCGUACGCAAAUUCCUGACAGUGGUGACCAUUUCUGCGCGCUUCGUCGUGUGCAUCUUCGUGAGUUUCUUGCUGGGGAAUUUCGUCGUGAGCAUCUUCCAACUCGUUGUGGUUCAUGGGCCCCGUCCUGGGCAUCUUCCUGGGAUGGGGGCGAUCCUAGUCCUGCUGACCCUCGCGAGCUUCGCCACGCCUGCUCUCCUGGUGAUGACGGGCCUCCUGAACCUGCUCCGAUACACCAGCCUGCCGUUAGUGCGCACAGCGAGCCUGGUCGGGUUCUCCUUCCUGAUGGAGAUCCUUGUCGUGAUCUUCGUGCGCCUCGUUGUGAGCAUCUUCCUGGUGAUGGUGAUCGUCAUCUUGACGCACCUUGUGCGUUUUGUCGCAUGCGCCCACCUGAUGAUGGACAGCCUCGCGAUGGCUGCUUCGACUAUGUUCUUGGAGAUGGUGCGCAUCAUCAGCGUGGUCGUGAGCAUCUUCCAGACGAUGGUGAUCACCGUCAGAUGCAUCUUCCUGAUGAAGAGCUUCGUCGCGGGCAUCUUCCUAGCGGUACCUUUCGUCGUGUGCUUCUUGGGCCUCGUCGUGGGCCUCUUCCUGGCGAUGGUCAUCUUAUUCUGGCUGGUCUCCGUGAACUUCGCCGUGCGUGCCUUCCUGGUGAGGGCGCGCUUGCCGAGCAUGUGCGUGUGCAUCGUCCUGAUGGAGAGCGUCGUCGUGAGCCUCGGCCACCUCGUUGUGAGCAUCUUCCUGGUGAUUGUGACCGUCCUCCUGAUGACUGAGAGCUUCGCGAGGCUAGUCGUGUGCAGCCUGCUGGCGGGGCGCAUCCUGCGCCUACUCGUGAGCACCUUCCUGACGGGGGUGAACAUACUCGGGGGUCGCUUCGUGAUGGAGAUCGUCACCGUGUGCAUCUUCCUGAUUGUGCGGUCGUCGCCGAAGAGAGGUCGAGCACGCUGCCGCGAUGUGGAGAUUGCGACGGCCGCUUGGAGGUUUGCACGUUGCGAUGUGAACUGGAAGGCUGGAUGUGCGAUCGCCGAGUCCGGCGCGCCGCCUGGUGCCGGCCUCGUCGUUGGUUAUGGAGCCUCCAGUGCGACCCCGCGUCUAACCAUAACUGGCAUUCCGAAGGAGACAGCGGCAGCUGCAGCGACGGAAGAUCGCUGA